GUCGAUAGAGCCCGCUAGAGACCCGCCUCCAUCGAGACAUCCCCCACCUCACACACCCCACGCCUCUUCUCCUCCCCCUUCGUCGGUCUCACCUUUCUCCCAAAACCAUGGGUCAGGCUGCCAGUCGCGCCACAACACAGGCGGGCGCUGCUGUGGCGCGCUCCACGAGCCAGCAGACGGCCAACACCGCUGCCGCCGCCUCUGCCGCUGCCGCUGCCGCCGCCACGGCUGCUCCUCGGGCCGCUGCUGCCACGGCUGCUCCCCGGGCCACGGCUGCCACUGCUGAUCCCUUCGAUGCAUCCUCGCAUGUGGACCCGGCCGAGUCUCUUCUCUCACAAAACCUGGCUGCUCUGGACAUGACUGUGAAGCCGGUGGCCGAGUCGUCGAUCGUGGUCGACUCUCGGAAACUGCCCACUCGGCGAACGACCACCCCCUCCAAUGCCACCUUCCAUGACCAGGACUUCGACAGCCAUGCUGAGCGCGAUCUCCUCAUGUCCCAGGAGAUUAGCCGGCUGAACAACAACCACCUCCGCUACAUCCUUGGCCGCCUCGAGAAGGACCCCGCCAGCAUGGAUCAAUCCAUUCGGGAGGUGCUGGCGCUGCAUGACCUGAUCUCCGUCUCCGACAAGGGCCUCACCCCUGACAACGCCACCGCCGAGCGCCGAAUGAAGCUGCUGGACAGUGGCCAGCUGCUGGAUGGGCCCCGCUUGCAGAGUCUCAGCACCACCCUGCGCAGUGACAUAGAGCUGAUUGAUGCCCACUUCACCGACUUCCUGGUGCUGAAGGUCCCCUCCAAGGGCGAGAGCGCGGAGGAGACAUUCAGCCAGGUGGCCGUGUAUCCGGUGGCACAGUCGGCGUCUAAGGCCAAUGGCCAGGAACAGGCCAAGUGAGGAGAGCCCCCCCCCCCC